GGGACAGGAGUGUCACUGUGGAUGUAAGAGCAAAUAUUAGUAAGGAUGAGUGUGGUAAAGGCACAGCUUCUCCACGCCCAGACUGCAAUGCUUCCAACUGGCAUCAAUGGAUUUAUCUGUCACCUGUCUGUAUGUAGUCCAAGAGGGGAAGAUAGGUACAAGAGGGCAAAAAGAGUGUGGGGUGGUGGGAAGAAGAGAGGUGAAUUCAUUCUCCACACUUCAGCUUAAGGGAACUUUUACUUCAUUCAUUUCUGGUCAUUUUCUCCCAUACUGUCCAGCCACAAGGCUCUCUCCCAGACUCCCCAGACCAACUAGGGCAGCUAUUUCCAACCUUCCACAGUAAGUUAAUUGCUCUUUCCUGCCUUUAGUCGAAUAGCCUCUACAGCCCCCAGCCAGUUAGCUUCCUCUAUGUGAUUUUAUUGUCUCUUUUGACCCCCACUCCCACCCCACCCUGUGCAGGUCCAACCCAGAUGAUAAGCUCUCUGAGGGCAGAAUCUGUACCUGUCCUCUUUACUGCUGUUUCCUCAUAUCCACACACAUUACCCAGCACAGAGCAGUCACUAAAUAAAUAUUGGUUAUGACUGCAGGAACAAAAAUGUCAGGAAACGAGGUCUCAGUUCAGAGAGGAAGGGCUGUUGACCCGUGCCACUCAACCAACAAGUAUUCCUAGAGCCUGGCCUGUCUAAACUGGGCUCUCUCUGGAGACCUAUUCCUCCUUUGCUCAGUACCAUAUAUAUAGAAUGAGUCAGACAAGAAAGGCAACUGUCAGAGCAGAAGCCAAGAUGGAGAGGAAAGGGGAUUGGUAAAACAGUACAGGACAGCGUCCCAAAGCUCUUUUCUUGCUGCCUGGUGCUGAGGUCUCUGUCUUCCCAGGGUGGAGCUCCAAAAUCUGGCUCCAUCCUUAUAAAAGAGGGCUCUGUGCCCUGCACCUUAAUAAUAAAUACCGACUCUCCCCACACCACCCCCUCCCAUCUUUAGACUUAGGCUCUGGCUCCACCUCCUAGUGUGACAUCUGGUCUCCGCCUCGCCCGAAGAGAUGCUAUGGCUCCGCCCCUUCCGGGUAAUAGGUAAGCCCCACCCCUAGAACGUGACGCUGUCACUGUGACGUAACGUAAAGGUCUGCUUCCGGGGUGGAGCCAGGGAGGGUGGGCGUUUAGGCUGCGCCGACCCCUCAGCCCCCCUGCAGGAGACGUUCGGAACCCAGGACAUGUCGGGAUUGAGGAGAUACGAGGUGGCGCUGGAGGCGGAGGAGGAGAUCUACUGGGGCUGCUUCUACUUUUUCCCCUGGCUGCGCAUGUGGCGAAGGGAGCGGAGCUCGGCGCACCCUCGGGAGCAGAAGCUGGAGCCUCUGCGGGGCCUGAUGAGCUGUCUGUCAAACGGCCUGGGCACUGCUCCCCAGCGCUCCGGCCGCAGCCUCCCCCGCCGCACCCCUGCUGCCACUGCUCAGCCAGCCGGUGCAUUAAAGAUUUAAACCCGAGCCACCGUGCUGCCCUCCUGACUCUGCCGCCGCUGCCGCCAUUCGGGCUGGGAGCCCCUCUCCACGCCGGCUGUUUCCUUACUGACAGGGCCUCUCUCCCUGAUAGAGUGCCCCUCCGUGUACAGGCUCCCAUUACUCCUAAGGGUCCCUCAAGAGAAUCAACCUCCCCUUACUAUCAAUGACUGCCUUCCACCACCUAAUCCCUCACCCCGCCACACACACACUCAUCACUCUGAGUGUCUUGUAUGGAGGGAACUGAAUAAUCCUGACCUGGUCCUCCUCCCAACCUGAUCCCCGCAUCCCUAAAUUCUCACAACCCCAGCUCUCUGCUGCCACCUUCCUCCUAGACAGGACUUUGCCAAGUGUCUGAAGAAUCUUCACCUGGGAGAGGAUCUAAAAUAGUUUUCAAGUCCAUAGUUGUAGGAAGUAGGCUGUGAGAGGAGGGAAAGAUUCAUAGAAGCUGUACUGUCAGCCUGCCAUAGGGGGAAUGACUUAGAACUGUUGAAGGUCUUUCCUACAGUUAACACCCCAGCUACUGGCUCCUCCAGUCUGAUCCCAAGUUUAAAGAUAAUUGACAUCAGGGAAUUCCCUGAUGGUCCAGUGGUUAAGAUUGCGUACUCCCACCAUAGGGAGCACAGGUUCCAUCCCAGGUUGGGAAACUAAGAUCCUGCAUGCCAGUGUGGCACAGCCAAUAAAUAAAUAAAUGAAGUACAAAGA